AUGCGCCCCCUCACCGCCGCCGACGUCAACCCCGCGAUCCUGAAGGUGCAGUACGCCGUUCGCGGCGAGCUUGCCAUCAAGGCCGAGGAGCUGCGCGAGAAGCUCCAGGACGAGAAACACGACCUGCCGUUCAAGAAGGUCAUCUCGUCCAACAUCGGGAACCCUCAGCAGAAGGGACUCGACCAGCCGUUCUUGACGUUCACUCGCCAGGUCGCCGCGCUCAUGGAGUACCCUCCGCUCGCCGAGCUCGUCAAGGACAAGUGGCCGCAGGACGUCCUUGAUCGCGCGAAGGAGCUCCAGACGGACAUCGGAUCGAUUGGUGCCUACUCGCACAGCAAGGGUGUUCCCCUCAUCCGGAAACACGUUGCGAAGUUCAUCCAAGAACGCGAUGGCUACCCGAGCGACCCCGAAGACAUCUUCUUGACCACCGGAGCCUCCGCAGGCGUCUCGCUCAUCCUGAACGUUCUCAUCACCGCGAACGUCACCGGGAUCCUCAUCCCCAUCCCUCAGUACCCUCUCUACACGGCGACCCUCGCGCAAUAUUCUGGCAUUCCGCUACCCUACCACCUGUCGGAGCCCGAUGGCUGGUCGACAUCGUUGCAUGAGAUCGAGGCAGCGCUGGCCAAGGCGGAGAAAGAUGGCGUGGUGCCCCGCGCGCUCGUCGUGAUCAACCCUGGAAACCCCACUGGCGCGAUCCUCGACAAGACCACCAUGCAACAGCUCGUACGACUCUGCGAGAAGUACUCGCUCGUUCUACUCGCGGACGAAGUAUACCAGGCCAACCUGCAUCGGCCCGAUACACACCCGUUCCAUUCAUUCAAGCAGAUCGUACGGGACCUGAACUCGCCCAUCCCGCUCUUCUCGUUCCACUCCAUUUCCAAGGGCGUCAAGGGCGAGUGUGGGCGUCGCGGUGGCUACUUCGAGUGCACGAACAUCUCCGACGAGGUCCGCGCGCUGUUGUAUAAGAUGGCGAGCGUGACGCUCUGCCCACCGCUUUCGGGUCAGAUCGGCGUAGACUGCCUCGUGCGCCCGCCCCGCCGGAACGACCCGUCGUACCCUCUUUGGAAGCGCGAAACCGAUACCAUCCACGACGCGCUCCGGCACCGUACGCAGCUCAUGGCGCAACGUUUGAACUCUCUACCUGGAGUCUCAUGUGUCGACUCGCCGGGAGCGCUCUACCUGUACCCGAAGCUGGAACUCCCAGACAAGGCUGUGGAGGAGGCGCAGCGCCUUGGCAAGAGUCCCGACACCCUCUACGCGCUGCAGCUGCUCGAGGCGACGGGUAUAUGCGUGGUACCGGGCUCAGGGUUUGGCCAGAAGGACGGCGAGCACCACUACCGGCUCACGUGUCUUUGCCCGGGUGUGGAGGAGUACGUCAGCGCGCUCGAGAACUUCCACAUGGGCUUCUUGAAGAAGUACGGCGGGGUGUAG